UCAGGCUUGAGGGGUGUGGCCUGCUCUGCUCUGUCAGUUGAUGAGACCUCUCGAAGGUAACACAACUAAAUCCUGAUAAUGGCGAAUGUGACCAAGAAAUCCGCGUCCAGAGCGGAUCUUUCUGCUUUUUCGAUGAAUACUCAACCAGUGGCUAAUCCUGUCACACCAAUAAAGACCAAGGCGGCCUACAAACUUUAUCCCCCAAGCAUUCUUAAUGGAACGGGCCUAAAGACCAACAAACGUGGGAAACGUGCCUUGAAAAGGAGUUCCACCAAGAAGGAUGUUAAAGAAUUAAAUCCACCCGUGAAAAAGAAAGGCAAGGAUUCACCACCAAUGGAGGAGUCACAGCCUCUGAUGGAACAACUUGCAAAGCCUGCUAAGGGUAAACCCACUACCUGUGAAGCAAGCACCAUGACUGAUCCGGAAGAACUAACUCUACCAGUGCAAAAGAAAGGCGAAGAUUCACCACCAAUGGAGGUGUCACGGCCUCUGAUGGACCAACCUGCAAAGCCUGCUAAGGAUAAACCCACUACCUGUGAAGCAAGCACCAUGACAGAUCCUGAAGAAGUAACUCCACCAGCGCAAAAGAAAGGCGAAGUUUCACCACCGAUGGAGGAGACACCGCCUCUGGUGCAGCAACCUGCAAAGCCUGCUAAAGUUCGACCCACUACAUGUGAAGCAAGCACCAUGACGGAUGCUGAAGAAACAGCUCCACCCAUGCUAAAGAUAGGCAAAGAUUCACCAUUGAAGCAGGAGCCACAGCCUCUGGUGGAGCAAUAUGCAAAGCCUGCUGAGGUUAAAUACACAAAGCCUGCUGAGGAUCAACCCACAAAACUGGCUGAGGAUCGAACCACUACCUGUGAAGCAAGCUACAUGAUUGAUGCUGAAGAAGUAAUUCCACCCCCUCCAAAGAAAGGCAGAGAUUCACUAUUGAUGGAGGAGCCACAACCUCUGGCAGAGAAACCUGCAGAGGCUGCUGUGGAUCAACCAGCACAACCUGCAGAGGAUCGACCCACUACUAGUGAAGCAAGCUCCAUCACUGAUGCUGAAGACAUAACUACACCCAUGCCAAAGAAGGGCAAAGAUUCACUGUUGAUGGAGGAGCCACAGCCUCUGUUGGAACAACCUGCAACACCUGUUGAGGAUCAACCCAAUACCUCUGAAGCAAGCUCCUCUACUGAUGCUGAAGCAGUAACUCCACCUUUUCAGAAGAAAGGUAAUGAUUCACCAUUGAAAGAGCAGCGACAGCCUCUGGUGGAACAACCUGCAAAGCCAGCUGAAGAUCAACCCUCAAAGACUGUUGAGGAUCAACCCAGCCCCUCUGAGGCAAGCUCCAUGAGUCUCAAGGUGGAUAGCCAAUAUCUCGAAGACAGGAAAUUCCCAUUCCUAUAAACAAUAAAAUUCAAAAUUAUAUUUUUAAAAAUAAAUGCAUUCCAAUUUGAAAA